AGGAGGAUGUGCGCGACAGUCUGUCGUCUCGCUCCACAGUCACAGCGGGGGCUGGUGACGUCUGGCACUCUUCGGGCGAAGAGGAAGUCGUUGAGGCCAAUCUUCUCAGUCCGCAGCUGUACCAGCAGCGCGCUUUCCUGUUUUGUGAGGCCCUCAUGGAGCCGGAGUAUCUUCUUAGUAGGCGUCGGUGUGUGUCUGUAUGUCGCUCGGCCUUUAGUGUCUUUACGCCACUUUGCUAUCCAUGCCCGCUCUGCCUGUGUCUUGCACCAUCUCUUCACCGUCGACCGUAUGGUGAACAGCUGGGGAGGCGGAUCUGCUGGCUGCUGA